CACAUAGUACAUGUGAUAAUGAAGACGCAAAAAGAAAAAAAAAUUCUGGGAACUCUUGUUGCCUCAGAAAGCCGGCCACGUCAUUUCCUUCCAAUGACAUGUGUGGUUUCAGUCUUUAAAAACUUUUUCAGAGUUAUGAUCAUGACCAGUUUGAAACUUUGUCUGUGAACGGAGAAUGAAUUGUCAUGUUAGGAACAUGGUCUGCCUAUCUCAGAGAUCACAAGCAAAAUUCAGAAUAAUCCUCCCUCUCCUCAUCUUGAUUGCUGUUGAGUUAGUGCAACCAACAAUGUCAUGCCACAAUCAAAACUGCAGGCAGCAUCUUAAGCAUACUCUGAGUCUCACUACGUAUACGAACAAAAAGACGGCAGCGCUCUUAGAAACAUAUAAAGCCAGUCAAGGAGACAGUGCAGACCUGAUCUGUGAUAUGCAAAUGGACAAUGUUCCAGAAUCAACGAUCUCCGGCCAGACCAUAUCGGAGCGCAUCUUGAGUGUUUACACCCGCCUGAAAGAGUUUCUGCCGCACAUGAAGACAGUUAUGGAGCAGCAGAAAGACUUCAAUCCUCCAACCAACCCUGUGGCAGAAGGGCUUAGCGAGAUGAUUACACAUGUUCACCGCACCGCUAUGAGGGUGAACUGUCUCUUACAAAUCCUGCAGCCAAAUAUACCCAUUCCUGAGCCAGCUGAAAGGCCAACAGGAAUUCCCCCUGCACAAAAUAUUUUCCAGCAGAAGGCCUAUGGAUGCAUUGUCCUGUCUCGGCUUCAGGAGCUCCUUAGCAAAGCCAUUAAAGAGCAGAAGUCUAUUAAAGGGAAAAUGUGCAGAAAAAGGACAAAAAAUGGUUAUUUUUGAACUAAAAUGCCUUCUGUGUCAUAAAAUGAUGUUGAUGUUAUAUUAUUAAUAUUUAUUUUUGUAAAUCUAUAACUGCUGAAGAGAUGUCGAGUAUUUGUUUUGUUAUAUUUAUUGAUAUAAUUUAUUUAUCAAUGUUCUAAAUGCUUUAUCCAUAUAUGUAGACAAAAAAGUUCAUCAAAUUGAUCUCUUUUUUUUUUUUUUUACUUCUAUUUGGACCAGAAUGGAUAAUCUUAUUUGGCUGUCAUGGACUGCCAUGGGUCCUUUAUUAUUAAUUUUUUUUUUUUUUUUUUUUUUUUUUUAUUGAACUGGGUCCUUUAUUAUUUGACAAUAAUAACACUCUAUGAGGUUAUGUAUGUCAUCAGAGGCAAUUGUUUUGAUUACACAGAAAUUUGCAGUGAUGAACUGUGAUGUCACACGUUAGCCAUAUUGGCUUUUGUGGUUUGUGCUAACGUAGCACGACCUGUAUAACCUAGUAAAUGUAUAUGUACUUUUUGAGACAUAGCCUUGAGUUGAGACCAUUUUAGAAGUCAGGAAGUGCAAGAGACUUAUAUCAGCCCAUAAUGACGCAUUCAUUUCACCACAUCAGAAAGGGGAAAAAACUGACUAGCCGUCUCCCCUGUCACAAGGUAUAAGUGUGUGUUUGUGUCCAUGUAAGUGAAUCUCAAGCCAUUUGCUGGAUAGUUAACAUACUUUGGUUAGUAUGUUUCACUCAGCACAGCUAUGAACGCUUUUUAUAAUUUUCAUUGUUAAUAAAUUAUGAAUGUAAUUUUGAUACUUAUUUAUAUGAAAACUGUAUGUAUAGUAUGUCAUGGUGUAAAUGACUUUGCAUUCAUAUCUUCAAAAUAAACUCGUCAAAAAGAAA